AUGGCUAACUUGAAAGAUAAUUAUGAGUUGUCGGUCGAGCAAUCCAGAGAAGCACCCGAUGCCAAGCAACUGAAGGGUACUGAUUUGAAGUUGGAAUUCGAUGAGGAAUGUGUCACCGUCAAAUGCAUGGAACCAGCUGAAUUUGAGUUGCCGCAAGUUUGGAUCAGCCAAUCGGUUCUGCCACAGCCACCACAACAGCGGACUAUUGAACAAGGAAAUUUACACACAACACAAACAAUGAAUGCCGGUACACACAUUACAGCAGAAACUGCAAUUGACGAUUCACAUACAGAAAUUUUAGUGAAAGACAUCCCAACCGGGUUAGAUAAAGACAGUCUAGCGAUAAUGUUCACUUCUAAGAAACUUCGGUCAUGUAUAAUUGAAGAUAUUGACUUUGAUGAAGUUGAAAUGAAUGCUGUCAUACGUUUUGGCAGUCCAGAUGAUGUGAGGACUGUGCUGAGUAAUCGCCCAAUUAAAAUAAAACAGAAGGAUGUAUCAGUAGAAAUUUACCAUCCUACGAAGCAGUGUGAGAUAAUUGUUCGUGGACCAACGGAUAUCAUGGAGGCGGAAAAUGAAGAUAUUUUUGAAUCUUAUUUUGAAAAUGAAAAAAUAUCAGGUGGAGGUGACGUGAAAGAAAUAGUAUUCCGGUCAUCAGACAAUGUAUUCGUCGUAAAGUUUCAAGACGACAUUGUGGCAGAAAGGGUUGUGAAAAGAGGUGGUCAUCGCAUUUUGAGUAAAGACGUAUAUGUGGAGCUUUUAAAACCCAGUCGAUCAACAAAAUCAACGGCUUCAAAAGAAAGUAGAAGUACAAAAGAUGGUAGAGAAAUAGACGUCAAACAAUCGCAUAUAUUUGACGGUACACUGACCGAGAUUUUGGUGGAAGACAUCCCACCCGGUGUGGACGAGGACACACUUGAGAGGAGUUUCACCUCUAGGAAACUGAAAUCAUGUACAGUAGAGGAAAUUGACUUCGAUGCAGUUGAAAUGAACGCUGUUAUUCGGUUUGAAAAACCUGAAGAUGUGAAGACCGUGCUAAAUAAUCGUCCAAUAAAAAUAAAACAGAAGGAGGUUUCUGUACAAAUAUACGUUCCAAAGAAGAAGUGUAUUAUAAUUGUGCGUGGACCAGCGGAUAUCAUGAAAGCGGAAAAUGAAGAUCGAUUUGAAGCAUAUUUUGAAAAUGAAAGGAAAUCAGGUGGAGGUGACAUUACAGAAAUAGUAUUCCAGUCAACAGACAAUGAACAUGUAUUAAUCGUAACGUUUGAAGACGACAUAGUUGCUCAAAGAGUUGUGGAGAGAACUGGUCAUCGCCUCUGUGGCAAAGACAUUGACGUGCAGCUUUUAAUUCCGAGCCGUUCAACAAAGACAACUGUAUGUGAAAAUAGAAAAACCAUUAAGGGAAGUCACUGCGCAGUUAAUAUGAAUGCUGAUGAGCCCACACCAGUCACAACUAUUCAAGUACGUGGCGUCAACAAAUUGUCAAACAGAGAGUUAGUACAGUGGUAUUUCGAGAACAAGAACAAGUCUGGCGGUGGUGACAUAGAACAGCUGUCCACGGAUGAUGAGGAUGACGAUGUUAGAUACAUUCGGUUAUAA